GAUCUGUGUUUGUGUUUGUUCCCAGGAGCCCACUGAAUCCACUAAUUACAGGACUGAAAGAUAAACAUAAUGAGUAUUUCUUCAUUAGGAGGUGUUGGGAAAGGGAAGCCUGUAUCAUCUGGCGAAGAGGAACGCAACAAUAUCCUAAGACAGAUGAAAGUACGGACUACACUGAAGGGUGACCAGAGCUGGAUCACGAAGCAUGGCAACUCUGAGGACCAUACCAUAGACCCACUCUCAAGUCAAAACCGAGCCACAUCCUUCUCAUCUGUCAGAGACGAAUCAAAUGUCAGGUCUCCAAACACAAGGGCUCCAGCUGGAUACAUCAUCCGGGGAGUGUUCACCCGAACAAUAGAUAGCUCUUCCCACUCCCAGCAUCGCCCCUCUAAGACCAACGGAGCUCCAAGAAGUGCUUCUGGGCAGCUGGGAGCAGCUAAUUCUGGUCGCCCUCUUCAAUCGUCCUGCUAUAAGAUGACUACGGAAGAUUAUAAGAAGCUAGCACCAUACAACAUCAGGCGCAGCUCCAUAUCAGGGACUGAGGAAGAGGAGGUGCCAUUUACCUCAGAUGAGCAGAAACGGAGGUCCCAGGCUGCAAUUGGUGUUCUGAGGAAGACAGCCCCACGGGAGCACUCUUAUGUCCUCUCAGCAGCUAAGAAGACUAGUAGUCCUACCCAGGAGCUGCAGUCACCAUUCAUUGCAAAAAGGGUUUAUGUGAUAGAUGAGGAUGUGCUUCCUGAGAAAAAACAGGAACCACCUGCUCUCACAAGACUCGAUUCUGGCUUAAGCAGCUUGACAACUGAGAAGAUUGUCCAUCUGCAGAUCACAGCCCCCAGAGCAGGACUCCACCUGGUGGCCCCAGACCUGGAAGCCCUGAGCCCCUCAGCUGAUUGUAAGACGAAUGUGACCCCCAAGACCAUCGAUGCCUGGCAAGAGAUGCCUGCUGAUACAAGAUGUGGUCAAGGAGACCUACUUACAGCCUCUCAACAUUCUGCAGAUCCCAGCACCCUAUACCUGCAGAGAAGCCCUAGUGCUUGUGCCAGCAGCACUCCAGAUGCUUGUGAGGAGAAAAAUGCAGCCCCCAAGAUCAUCAAGGCCUUACAGGAGAUACCUGGCACCCUACAAGAUGGACAAGGUGACCCAACUAUGGCUUCUCAACAACUUGCGGAUCUCAGCAUCCCAGAGCCACAGAGUAGCACCAGUAGACUCGAGCAGCAAAUCAAAGAAGAGGACUGUACCAACAAGCAGAAGAGCCCUUCAAGCUGCAUGGUCACUGUUACCAUCUCUGACACUUCUGAACAAUCUCAAUUGUGUGUUCCUGGUGCCUCAAGUGAGGUAGACUCCAGCUCAACUAUCAAAGGGAUUCUCUUCGUGAAAGAGUACAUGAAUACAAGUGACGUGUCUUCUGGGAAGCCAGUAUUUUCACACUGUGACAGUGCCAGCAACAUUGAGGACUCAUUGGAUCUGACAAAGAAACCCCAACAUGAAGGCACUCCUGAGAGACCAACUGAAGGGGUCUGUACUUACUGUAGCCAUGAGAUUCAAGAUUGUCCGAAGAUUACCCUUGAACAUCUUGGCAUCUGCUGCCAUGAGUAUUGUUUUAAGUGCGGGAUUUGCAAUAAACCGAUGGGCGAUCUCCUAGAUCAGAUCUUCAUUCACCGUGACACCAUCCACUGUGGGAAAUGCUAUGAGAAGCUCUUCUAGGCUGCUGAGCAGAAGCUGAAGAUCCCCGGCUGACCCAAAUUGUUGACUCUUCCUCCCUUACAUCCUUCAUGGUUCCACUGUACUUCUGCCCACCUUGUACUGAAAUAGCAUACAUCUAAGAGUGGUUUGCAGUGAUGUUAUAAUUACUUUUGUGUAGCCUUUUAUACCUUAGGAAUAUCUCAGUACAGGCUUGAAAUCCUUUCUUCCAGGAUGAAUGAGUCCACUUUGACUUCCCUAAGACAUGUUUUCUAAUGAGUGCAGAUGACCUAGUAUGUUAGACAUGGGUACAAGUCUAGGUAUAAGUGUAUGCAGACAUUCUGAGGCUUCUGAGGGGCCAAGCCAAAAAACUGUUGACGAUCCCUGGUAGGGAAAUUACAGGCAUUGAAUACUAAGGGUUGGCAAUAGGCUAAUGUUUAGCUUGUCUAUUCACUUUGUGUGUGUGUGUGUGUGUGUGUGUGUGUAUUUUUAAAUUUCUCACAUUUUUUAAAAAUAGUUAAUUGUUUUUGAUUGAAUUAUGUAGCAGAUUUAAAUUACCUCCUCCCAUUCUCCUUUGAGUUUUUCCAGUCAGGUAUGGCAGCACACCUGACUUGUUGGAAAGUUUACCCCGGUUUAAAUUUGAUAAGAUACAAUAUUAGGAGGCUUCUAACCAAAGGGAUAUCUGUGUCUAUUUGAAUUUUGAUACUUGGUUAAAAUCUUUACCCUCAGUAUUCCUAGACUUUUAUUCUCUGAACAGCUUUUAAGGUAUGUAGAUCUCAAAAGGGUAAAGAAAACAGAUAAGGCUUCUUGAGACUUAACCACACACCCGGCAUUACCAGGAAGCACUGGCUUUAAUCUCAUUAAUAAUCUCUAAGAUAUUGUUAUCUUCAUUUUAGAAAUGAAGAAAGUAGCCGGGUGGUGGUGGCACAUGCCUUUAAUCCCAGCACUUGGGAGGCUGAGGCAGGCGGAUUUCUGAGUUCGAGGCCAGCCUGGUCUACAGAGUGAGCUCCAGGACAGCCAGGCUACACAGAGAAACCCUGUCUUGAAAAACCAAAAAAAAAAAAAAAAAUGAAGAAAGUAAUGUUCAGAGAAGUGGGGAAACCCCUGUAGAACCACUGUUCUCUCUCUGGAGCCCAUACUUUCUCCAGAAGCAAUAAUCAUAGUGGCAUUGACCUAGUGUUGAGUAUGUGCCAGGAACUGUUUGAAGGGCCCCUGUUCCUACUGUGAAAUAUUUCCCUGAAGUGUAGUGUUAGAAAUGGUUUUGAAAUGUGUAAAUUUCACUCCAUCUCUGGGCUUUUUGGGUCCCUUCUUGAAAUACUGCGGUAAUUUAAUUGCUCCCUUUCCCUCUCCUCCAGAGAUUUUCACCCAGGAACAAAUGUGGCUUAUGCAACUUCUCAAAGAAAAAUUUGCUAUCCAGUAAAAUGUGCAGUAGGCUCUCUGCCCUGAUCACACAGCCUUUUGUGACCUGUUUUCUAGUCCUGAAUCUGUCUCAAACUAACAUCAACUUCUAGGUCCCCAGGUACUCAAAACACUACCAGUUCAUGUCUGGCACAGCAGAGGUAGGUUCAUCCCUGCAGUUUGCUAAUAUGCUGCUGAGUCAACCUCACUCUGCUGCCUUUGGGCUCAGCAUUAAAUUAGAAGCUCCUUGAAAGAAAAAAUAGCCCUCAAGACUUGGGGAUGCAAAAUGGAGGCCUCUUUGUUGGAUUUACUUAUAAAACAGCUCUUCACUUUCUCCAGACUUUGAACCCCAAACACAUUUGAGUGGAUUUGUUCUUCCUAUCACGUAAACAGAGAAGAACACUCUAUUUAUUUGAUUAUUUAUCUGUUACCUGUACUCUGAAGGGGAGAAGUACAUUGUAUCACUAAUUAUGAACUAGUCUUUCUCAAGUUCAGCUCUAGGAUGGAACUUAGCAGAUGGUGGGCAAUAACAUAUGUGUGCCAAAUAAAUUAGUAAGAGAAAACUAAGUCACUCCCUUAGUUACCUGGGUAUUUCAGUGCAGGCCUCAUAGACAGAGUAAGAGGCUCUAAAUCUGAUGGAUUCCCCACCUUAAAGGUGUACUCUGCCAUUUAAGAAGUUUUAGAAAUAUGGAAUAUACUCAAAUACCACUUGUAAGGUUAGUAUUAAUUUGAAUCCAAAACAGCCUUUUUGUGUCUUAGACACAAAAUUCUGCAGUUAACAAAGGGGGAUGUUUUUGCAUUGAUUUACUUCUUUUUAAUUGCUUAGUGUUUUUAAUUAUACUUGCUUAACCCAUAUUAAUGUACACAAAUUAUAAUAAAUGUUAAGAUGUUACACACCA